AUGAAUGUAAAAGAACCGGUCGACAAGAUUGUCGGCAAUACUGUGCGCCAGGCUAGCCAAAAUGAAACUUACAAAAGCCUGACUAAAGCCGGCGUCAAAUGGGGUGUCACUUUCGCCGACAAAGCUCAGAACAUCAAACUGGGAGAGAACGAGUGAGUUUUUGCACAUGUUACAGUACUUUCCACGACAUUAAAAUUUUUGUGAAAUUAAAAAAUUUCGAAUUUUAGAAAAGUUGAUUUGAAGAAAGAAGGCUGGAAAAUCAUGGAAGACAUCAAGAACGACCUCACUGAUGUGUCCCCACUUCCGGUUACUUUCGACUUUGGAUAUGCUAUGCGGUGAGUAUAAUGCAGCAAAAACAACAUCAAGUUUGAUACUGAUCACACUAUCUUCUUUUCUUACACUUUUACAUAUUUACGGUUUUAGCGCGUAUUUGUGGUCAGUUGUCAUCAUGACGUCAAAGACAUUGGGACAUCGCUUGGCCAGAAACUCCGCCGUUCACGUUCCUUUGAGUAUCGUACCCGACAACCUCUGGUUUGGGUUGGUAUACAUUGUUAUGCCGGCUUGUGCCAUCUACCUUCCUCCACGUUAUACUGAAGCAAGUUCUAUUCUAUCGUUACUAUUCUAAGCUUAUAACUUGUAGUAAAUGUUACCUAAACUUACUCCUUGCAAGUAUACUUAUCUAACACAGCUUCCUAUACCUAAAACCUGAAUUUGCAGCAACAAGUAUCACUGAACGUGAGAAGAAUCGUGCUCAUCAUCCUCGCCUUCACCUUCGGAUUGCUCGGUGAACAUGUCUGGAUCCAUUACCUUCACUUUGCUGCCAUCAGUGCCCCCUCCUACUACUACCCGGCUGUCAUUGGUGCCACACUACAAGUUGUUGGGCCUCACUUGGCCAAUGACCGCAAAGCUUUGGUCGGAACUUGUGUCACUUCAGCCAUUACCAUCAGUCUGAGUAUGGCAUUGUACUACGAAGCCCUUGGUAUUGCGUAUAUCAUCACUACAUGUACAAAUGCCUUCGCUUCCGCCAUGAAUCUACAGUUUCUAAUCGCCGACUUGAAGAAGGGAGGUUGUGGUAAGUUAACGUGCCAACAACUAUCAUGUUCGACCUACUAUAUACUUAUCUAA